CUGUGCCUAGGGCUGAGGUGGAUCCAGACUCAGGUGCUGUGUGUAUAGUUACUGUGACUCACAACUCCCUACCUUGGUCCUGGGACAUUUUCAUAAAAUGAAGGGCUACCGCACAGAAGGUUUUGUAUUAAAAAUAUGUCUGUCUGGUUCACCUGGGCUUUUCUAGUCAGCCAGUGUUUUGUGCUGCAGAUUGCAGGCAUUUUGCACCCACCUUUGAAUGUUACUACUAUAUCCCGGAAUUUCAGGCUGUUACUCACAUGGUCACCAGCUCCUGGAAAUCCUCCAAAUGUAUCAUAUCAAGUGGCCUACAAAUACAUACAUUCAAGGUGGAGUAAAAAGCAUACUUGCAGAAAUAUCACUAUAAGAGAAUGUGAUUUGACCUGCCUUCUUGAUUAUACUCAUAAUUACAUAGUAGGGGUCAGAACUAUUUCUGGAUCAUCCAAGUCACAGUGGGAAGAAAUAAAAGACCUAUCAUACAUAUUUACAGUGGAUCCAGAGGCGCCAACAUUACAAGUAAAACUAGUGAACAACAGCAUUUAUAUUAAUGCCACAGUGAAGACACCACAUUGCAUCAAAGACAUUUACAAUUUGAAAUAUCACAUUGUAGCAUGGCUAAAUGAUGAACCAAAACAGAUGAUAUUCAGAGAGGUUAAGAUGAACUCUGUCGUCAACAUAAACACUGCAGGACUCAAUGGGAACUAUUGUGUUGAAGCAUCAACCAUAUUUAAAAUGGUGGAAACCAAAAUCAGCCAACAGUCCAAUUCAUAUUGUCAUCUUAUCAAGGAUAAAGAGCAUAACAGUUUCCCGAAUUGGAGUUUUGCAGUUUUGAUUUUUAUCAUCUUAAUACUGUUCCUCAUUUGUGGCAUCUUCCUUUAUUAUCACAUCAAGUGUAUACAUCCUAUUGAAGCAAAGAUACCAGUUGCAUUGGAUUUCUCCAAUGUCAGUACUGGCAGGGAACUGUGUACCUUUGAGUCUCCGGAAAUGAUUCCCAAGCAGUAUAAUAAAAUCUCUGCAGUAGAAAUAAAACAAAAGUGCUAUUCCCCCAGCUCUUUGUUUUUAAGUGCUAAGGAAAGGAAUAUUGAUGAUGAUAAUAAUGAAUUAAGCCAGUCUGGAUACACAGAGAAACAUCCAGAGAAUCUGGAGAAGAUGGAUAUAAAUGGAUCUAAAAACAAGAUGUCUGGUUGGAACAUGCUUGGCUCUUUCAGAGCUUCACUAAAGGAUCACAGCAGUGAUAAAGGUUCCACCUCAGACUUCAGUUGUGAGGAAAGUGAAAACUCCUCAGGACCAAAUAUUCCUAGACUCUUAAUACUGCAGGGUAUCCAGAUGGCUAAUCUGGAUCCCAUCCAAGAUGAGGAUAAAGACAAAAUCAGGAAACCUGAUCCCAAUGAAUUACUGUUAAAUACUGUCAAAUCAGACUUCUGGAACAUGUCCUCAUUAGGACCCAAGUCUUCCUGCCAGCUCAAUCAAAUUCUAAGUGUGUGCUUUGAGACUUUAAAGAUUGAAGGGAAAAGUAGCCAGAUGGAGGAUUCGGAUAGUGUAUCCAGUGACCGAUUCUCGUCAGAAUUGGAGGAUUCAGCAGAAGAUUUAAGUGAGGAGGUUUCAGAGAGUGAAAUGACAGAUCAACUGUGCACUAAUUCAACUUUGCAAAACUUAAGGUGUACAGGCUAUGAAAGCAGGAGUUAUAUGGCAAGGUAGUGGUAAAAGUGCGUGUUUGUUGUUACUAUUAUUCUGAUGAAUAUUUACCUGUAAACCUCUGUGAGGUCCAAGAAAUGUAUGACUGAUACAAGCAUAUCAUGUAUGAUGAUUAAAUUAGCUAGCCUUUCUUGCUAA